AUGAAAGAUUCCUUAAUUUAAAAAUAGAAUGAUGCAACUUCAACAGCAGCUGAAGAGCUUCAAAAUAUUUUUUGGAAAUAUAGAAAAACCAUUUAAAAAAGUAGUUUGUAAAUCCAAGACCCUAGUUUUUACAACAUAACAUAGUAGAAAGAAGCUAAAAUAUCUUAGAAUAUUUAGCAAGCGAUAUCUAAGUUUCCAGCAGAUUUGAAUGAGGCUAAAUAAUAGAAAAGGAAUAAAACAAUCACUCAGAUUUAUUUUCAAAAAACCAAGAAAGAAUUAAAUUGGCUCUUUUUCGAUGUUUAUAAGUAAACUUUAAUCACAUAAAAAUACGGGAUGGGUGUUCCACUGCUAUUUACUAUGAUGAAAAUGACUAUAUCUGUCCUAUUAGUUUUAUUUUUUAUCAAUCUUUUUCCAGGUUUAGAAUAGCUAAAAGUUUGCAAAAGUGACAACUGCUAUAGCUACAUUGCAGGAAGUUUAGGAAUUAUUGAUAUUGUUGAGCUUCCAAAUUAAACUAUGAAUAAUAUUUCGUUUGCUAUAUGGAUUAUAUUCAGCUAUAUUCUCAAAUAUUACAUUAAUGCUGUGUGCAAAUAAGUUGAUGAGAGCAAAUAAGAAAAGGAACCGUAAUCCAACUAGAUAGUGCUUAAAUAUUUUUAAAAAGGAUUAAACAAGGAAUAAGUAGAAGAAGCUCUAACUUAAGAAUUGAAUGAUUACAUUGAAAAAGAAAAUAUUUAAAUAUAGAGCAUGGAUUUGAAAAUAGAAGUAGAAAAUUGUAUUCAAAUAAUUGAUUACUAUAAAAUAUCUUAGCUCUUAAAAAAAAUUAAUAACUUUUACAUGAAAAUUAUUAAAUAACUUCAAAAAAUUGACCCAAAUAUGAUAAAAAAUCAAUAAAAAUAAAUAAAAAAUUCAAAAGUUUACAGUUCUAUUUCAUCAAUAAAUAAGUAGAGAAACUUAUAUAAAAUGGGAAAUGAAGGUAGUAAAUAAAAUUAAAAUUAAUUUGAAAACGAUCAAAAAAAUAAUGAUUCUAUUCAUGACCCUUAGAACAAAGAGAAUGAUGAAAUUUAAGAAGAAUAGCAAGAUAUUAAAUGUUUAAUUGAAUAGGAUAAUUCUUAAGAAUAAGUGUAAUAAUAAUAUAAUAGCUGCCACGACAUAGAAUAACAAAAUGUAAAUGAAAUUAGCUUUGAGUGUUAAAACUAAAGAAUAGAAUAUAUGACUAUUGAUAAAUGCUUGGAAAUUUUAAAAUAGAAAAAUAGAAAAACAAAAAAACUUGCUUCACUCGUUAAAAAGUAUGAAGAGUUAAAAAAGGAGUUAGAAAAGAUAUCUAAUUCGAAAAAAAUAUUGUCUUCUUAAUACAUAAUUAAAUGUACAAGCAUUUAAUAAAAGAAUAUGCUUUUAAUACUCUUAAAGACUUAAAAUCCUAUCAAAAGCUUUUUUUAGAAGAUUAAAUACAUAUUCAGAAAAAAGAGUUCGGAAUAUUCGCUAAAUAGAUAUUAAAUUUAAAAUUCAACUCAUUAAAAUAUAAACUGGAAAAUGGUAGGCUUGGAACUUUAAAAUAAGAUUAGGAAGCUAGUUUUGGUUAAGAUUUUAGGAACAUUUCUAUUUAUUUUUUCCUUGUUUAUUCUUUACUUUAUCUACUUGACAAAAUUAAGUAGUGAACAAUAUAAAGAAAAAUCAUUUCUUUCCUAUUUAUCCCUAGCUAUUGUAGCAGCGUCAUAAACAAUAUUUUAUUUAGUUAGUGAAAAAAUAUAUGAUAAUUAUACUAAUCAUCUGGUAAACUCAUUAAAAUCAAAAAGAGUUUUUAUCUACUUACAAAAUAUCUUCUUCUUCUACUCAAUCUAUUAUAUUUUUUUCCCUCUUGGUUCUAUGUUCCUCUUUGGUUUUUACCAACUUGCAUAUCAAGAUUAUUACAUCGAAAAUAAUAUUGGCAAUCUUUACCUUUUUGAUACAUUUUAAACAAAUUUUUUGAUAGCAUCCAUUCUUUUUAGCUUAAAGUCUUUGUUUCCAUUAAAGUAUCUACUCUCCAAAUUAAAACAAUCCUAUUACUAAAAGCCUCAGAGAUACCUUAAAAAAACUUAAUUUGAGUUAAACAAGAUUUUCAAAAGACAAAAAUUUUUAUUAGAAGAUUGCACUUUGUCUUUAUUCAACCUGUUAGCGAUUACUAUUCCAUUUAAUUUUUGUAUGCCUGUGAUGCUGAUUUUACCUAUAUUGCUCCUAUUUUUAAUGUAUUUUGCUUUUAAGUAUCAAUACUUAGUAAUAUUUAGACCAGCAUUCUAUAGUAAAAAUAUUCUUAAAAAAGCUGCAACCUAAAUUUCUCUGUACAUCUAAAGAAUAUCAUUUUUUUCUUACAUUUUUUUCACAUCCAACUUUUAUGUGAGUAUGAGUGGAAUUGCAUUCUAUUUUACUUUAAUUGUAUGUGAAAUAUUAAUAUUUCUUUACCAAAAUUUUAAUUAAUAAUAAUAAUCAGUCAAGUAUUAAUUUAUUGAUUUAGCUAUGGCCUACUUUAAGGAAUAAAAUAACUAGUAAUUAAAAGAUUAGCUUAAUUUAGCAGUUGAGUCAUAUUAAUAAGGCAAUUAGCAACAUAAUUAGUCGUCUAAAGUUUUCUAUUUUAACUAAUAGACUUAAUAAGAUGCUACUUUGAUAAAUUAAUAAUCAUAAAUGGAUUUUACGUAGUAAUAAUAGAGUUUAAACAGCUAGGCUAAUUAACCAAACAAGAGAAUAUUAGAAUACUCUUAUAUAUAGUCAUAUAAGAAUUUUUAAUAAACUAUUGAAAGUCUAAAAAACUUUCACUGUGAAAAUCUAUGA